UGCAAACGAACUUGUGUGUUUCAAAUCAUGACCUUGAGAGUUAACAGUUGAGGCAGUCUGUUAACUGUCGAACACUUAAUACUGCGACAGCAAGUAGUUAGACACUAAAAAAAUGUUUAAUUGAUGUGCAUUGUUAAGAUGUCGUUUAAUGAUAUUCAUAAUAAUAGUGUUAUUAAUAAUAACGGUAAUUAAAUUGAUAGUUCAUCGAAAAAUGUAAAUACAUGUAUAAAUCGUGUAAACAGUUAGUGAUAAACUAAACGAGUCCAACGAAGUUGAAUAUCGUUACACAAAUAAUAAUAGUAAACACCACAUGAAACGCAUACACAUGUCGAGAAAAAAAACAUAAUGAAUUUAUCAAUAUCAGUAGUACACACGAAAUGUGUUUUUUUAAGAAAAAAUUGCUUGCAAAAAAAUGUUAUUAGUAAUUCUGCUAAUAUAGAUAUUUAGUCACAUUAUAGAAAAUGGCAGAAUAAAGAUUAAGUAAUGAAUUCAACAUAAUGUUUGGGAAAAUGUACGUGUCUUCCUGAACGAGUUGUUUUUGUAGAAGGUAAAAUAGCGGAACUAGGAGCUAAAUUUGUGGGGGCUGUAACUUUAGAAUCGUCUGUUUUACGAAGUAUUGAUUUCGUAGAAGUAGGUGAAGAAUUAUUUGAAAACACUGAAAGCUACGUUGUGCGACUGCUGCUGUCUUUAGUCAGCUUUCGGCUGUCAUGUGUUUCGGUCUCUACAAAAGCAGGUUUUAUCCUGUCAGUUGAAACUAUUUCUUUCUUCUCUUUCUUUUUUAUUGUAAUCUUCCGAUGUGCCGCGGAGCGUUGGGUCGAGUUUUCACUAUAAUCUUUUUUCGUCAUCUUGGAAAGUGUAGGUAAUAUGCUGGCGAAUAUAUCAUUUACUCGGGUGUCAACUUUAAUACUAUGUAUGUGAUGGUCCGACUGAGUUCCCUUUACUUGAAGCUUCGUGCAGGAAUCGACAAGUUUUCUUCUUUUAACGUCAACUAUUAAGUUGUAGAAGCUUAGAAAAUCUGCACCUAAUAUAGAGUGGCGGACAUUAGCAAUAAUGAACACCCAAGUUUGAUGUCAUGAGUUGUUCGCCAAAUGUCCUUAUUUUGGUUUUAUUAACUGCCUGUAGAGUAAAUUUUUCACUCUUAUCAAUGGGUUUUUUGGCUAAGGUAAGUGGGACGACACUGACUUGAGCUCCGUUCCUUUCAAAAGAAACAAUCUUUACCACGAUAAUGCCUAAUUUAUUGUUUAAGGGUGAAAACCUUAGGAAUUGGCAUGUCAUAUUAUAGAAACAGGGGUAACAGUUCUACCGUCUAGUCAAAUAUCCAUUCUCACUGGCGUAUCUAAACCUUGCUACGAGAAUCGUGAUGGUGGGGUAAAUUGUGUGACGCCAUGCAAUAACUGACUUUAUUUAUCUCAACAAACUGCAUACAACCCACGUGAACUUUUGCAUACGUCUGCCUGUUGGUUUUUUAGCAUUGUAUGCUACCUUGCUUAGUCGUUACAUAAUUUAAAAAUUAUUAUGUUACUAUAAAGUUUAGGAAUCUAUUAUGAAAUACUGUAAGGCUUACUAGUUUAAACGUUAUGGAAAAAGAACAUCUGAGGUUUCAUGAGUCCCUUGUUUAGUUGGGGGAUUGCGUGAUCUCUCAUCUGUCGAAGCCAAUUAAAAUAUAUCAUCUAUGGGUAGUGCUAUUAAGGACCUUGAACAGAUCUUAUACAGACUGUAUAAAAGAUUGACUUCUUAAACUCAACGGAUAAACCUCUUCAACUCAAACUUAAAUAUAGUUCGUAAGAGUUGUAUUUAGUGUAAUACCAGAUUUGUCUUACUAAAAAACAGUUAAGAUCACGCUGUCCAUAUGUAUAUUUCAAAUUGAUUUCCAUUACGACAGUCUGUCUGUUCAAAUUCCGUCGGGGAUAUAUCUUACAAGAUUAAAUAGCAUGGGUGUAGCUCUAAAUAUUUGCUAACAUCAACGAACUAUGUAAGCCAUGAAAUUCGUCCUCUUAUUUGUGGUAAAAUAUCACCGUAAAUUAUGCAUUGGGUUCACAAUGUGUAAUUCAGUAACAAUAAAAAGUUUUAAACUUCUUGAAUACUACUGCAUUAAGGAAUAAUAUUCAGAAGUACUUUUGUGUAACUAAACACCACCUUUGAUUCAUUACGUCAUAUGUGGGAUGACUCAUCUCAUUUCACCUCAAUAUGGGUAAGAUACCUUUAGCGACCAAAGCCAAUUCUAGCACACAUUCAAUCUGCUAGUGGCUACAACCGUUCAUGUCAAGUCUCUUUAUAGUACACAAAAAACGCAUCAGAUUAUACCCUUCAAUGUCUAACGUGGCACUUAUUCAUAUUCUAUGAAUCACGAAAUAGAGCAGUGUGCUAGUAAUUAAACUAAUCAAAAUUUAAUCACUGAGUUGCCUAUUUGAUCUUUAUUUCCCUGACUCUGAUUUAUCACUGUGACUUGUAUCACCAGCUCAUCACCAAAAUUAUAGGUUAUGGUCGGAACUAAAUACUUUUAGUUGGUUACAUUUCUAACUCAUUAGAUUAAGUCAGUGGAGUAGAAGUCAGUGCUCGUGAAGAUUAUGUAGAAUGCAUUGAAAUCAACCAUGUUAAUCUUAUUAUGUUCACCUCAUAUACUUUUACAAAAUGUCAACACUAACAUUUUAUAUAUUUCGAAGAGUUUUGGAUUUCCAGAUUUUAGACCAGAUGAAGAAAGUAGGCAAAAAUGAAUCAAAGCCAAAGGUUUCAGAAUUUUUGCCAAGAUGUGGUGUUACUGUUGAUUUAUAUUAUCCAGAGCAAAUGUCAAUAGAUCAACUACUAGAAAUAUUUGAACGUCGAGGUUUCAAAUCUCUAUAGGUAUCCAAUGUAAAUACAUUAGAACAUAUUGUAAAUCUUUAUUAUGAUCAUCUUAUGCCAAAAUGUCAUCGAAACGAAUGGAUUGAUGAAUUCAUUGAAUCUACAACUAUCCAUCCUUCUAUUGAUGAUGAUGACGGUGAUGAUAAUAAUAAUAAUAAGAGUAAUUUAUCAAAAGAAAAAAUGAACUUCAAUGAUAAAAUCACUAAACCUAAACGAAAUAUAGAUCAUCAUUUAGAUCAUUUAAUUAUUACUUAUGAUGAAAAACGAUUUACUCCUCCUUGUUCUAUUCAAACUUUAUCAUCAAAAGAACAUCAUCAAUCCAUGUGUAAAACGUCGAAUAGUUUACAUCAAGAUAAUGAUCAUCAUAGUAUACUAUCAUCUUCUCAUUCAAUAAUCAAUGAGAACUCUUCAAAUAAUUCUAAAUUCAAUGAUCAUUCAUUGAAAUCAAUGAAAAAAAGACCUAAAAUUAAUCGUAAUUUUGAAACCCUUACAAAUAAUCUUUAACUAUUUGUAUAUGUAAAUGAUGUUGUACUAUCUUAUCCUAUUAAAUUUAUUCUAUCUUUUACAAUGAA